CUUCCACACUCUUGUAGAUGGAGCUGAUGCAAAGACACUUCCCGAUUAUCCGAUGGUUGAAGAAAUACACGAAGGAGGAUGCGAUAUGCGACUUCAUCGCCGGCAUUUCCAUCGGCUUAACCAUGAUUCCUCAAAGCAUCGCGUAUGCCGCCCUAGCAGGUCUUUCACCUCAGACUGGCUUGAAUUCAGCAUUCAUGGGCUGUAUGAUAUACGCCUUCCUGGGAACCAUCAAAGAAGUUGUUAUAGGCCCUUCAAGUCUAAUGGCCCUCCUCACCUAUGAAUACACUCACAAACUCAACUUGGAUUUCGUAGUGCUCCUCUGCUACCUCUGUGGUAUAGUGGAAUUCGUCAUGGGAGUAUUUAGGCUCGGUUUCCUAGUGGAAUUCAUCUCUGCUCCAGUAGUCUCCGGCUUCACUACUGCCACUUCAGUCAUUAUCGUCGUAUCCCAGCUGAAAGGACUCAUCGGAAUCAAUUUCGAAUCUAACGGCUUCGUGGACAAUCUUUAUCAAAUCUUUAUUCACUUGCAUAACCUUCGCUGGGGCGACACUAUCCUAGGAGUAUUCUGCGUGAUUAUUCUUUUAAUAAUGAGGAAAGCAAAGGAGUUGAAUGUUCCGGAGACCUGGAAGUACGUCAAUUUUGUGAAGAAGGCGCUGUGGCUUUUGACCUUAGGAAGAAACUUUUUGAUUGUAGUUGCAACCUCCUUCAUAGCUUACCUUUAUAAGAACAACGGUUAUCAGGCACCUUUCUUAACCUCAAAACCAGUGGAGGGUGGUAUUCCCAGCCCGAUUCUUCCACCUUUCAGCACUCAGAUAGGCAACAAGACCUAUGAUUUGGGGGAAAUGGUCGCGGAGUUGGGAACAGGCUACAUCAUCAUCCCCAUCAUAGCUGUCCUGGCAAAUGUAGCCAUUGCAAAAGCUUUUGUGAACGGACCUGUUGAAGCCACACAUGAGAUGUUGACUCUUUCGAUAUGCAACGUUAUUGGCUCUUGCGUUCAAUCUAUGCCGACUGCGGGUGCCUUCACCAGAUCUGCUGUGGCCAGUGCCAGUGGUGUUCGAACACCAAUCGCGGGCCUAUAUUCCGCCAGUCUUAUCUUGAUGGCUCUGGGAUUCCUUGGACCUUACUUCCACUACAUUCCAAAAGCAACUUUGUCGGCUGUACUUAUAGCUGCUGUAGUGUUUCUCAUUGAUUGGAAAAUCUUUCCCUCUUUGUGGAAAAAGAGCUGGUUGGACUUCUCCUGUGUGACAGUUACGCUGAUCAGUUGCCUCGCAUUUGGAGUAGAGAUAGGACUUCUGAUCGGAGUGUUGAUGGGUAUCAUACAUCUGAUCUACAAGGCAUCCAGACCUCCACUCAACAUAGAACCGGGGAAGGAAUUGGUAAGGGUGAGUGGUAGGAAUGGCCUAUACUUUUCAGCAACCGACUACUUCAACGAUCAGCUUCAAAGGUACGCUUCUGGGUCUGGCACAGUUGCUAUCGACUGUUCCACCUUCUCAGGGAUUGACUUCACAGCAGCCAAGGGCCUUGCAUCAUUGAUAAACUCCUUCCAAAAAAGAGGACAGAAGUUGGUGCUGGUCAGUGUUCCAAAGGAGUGGAAAGAACUGCUGCUCUGCGCUGGAGUCAAAGGUGGUUGUAUUCAAAGUGAGCCAAUGGAUGACAUUGAUAGUGAGAAUACACAACCAUUGCUGCAAAUUGAAGAACCAACAAACACUGAAACAUAUAGGCAUUCUGUUAGGGAAACUGCUCAAAGUGCAUAGUGUUCGAAAUCGAUCACUGUUGAAUUUGUAAUAUUUUCCAGUAGAACUAAGUGCUAUUAAAAAGUCUUAUAUUGUUACAAAAAUGUUGUUGUAAAUAAAUUAUUUUUUAUUAC